CACUUGCGACUUGCCCAUCCCUCCCAUUUUCUCAAGAGUCCGUACAAAUCCAAAUCCGCUUUGAGUGUUCUUUUAUUUUUUUCCAUUUUUGUUGAUGUUUGAAAUCUGAAAGCCCAAUUUGGAGCUGUGCUUCGUUAAGUUAGUCGCAAGGCGACGAGCAAAAGCGCGUGAUUUGCUGGAGCCGGGAGGUGAUAAAAUAUGUCGUCGUCCUCGUCAGUACCAGAGCUGACACUUGCAGAUUUAUUACUGUGAUUCUCUCUCUCUCUGUAUAAAUGGGUUUUUGGGUCUCGCUCUCUAUUGCUUCUGAGAAAAGAAGGCUGGGAAUUUUUGGCACUUUGAGCUCUCUGUUCUGUUCUUCCUGAUCUUUCUUUCCGUGUUGGGAUUGCCAUUAAGUUCUCUGCAGCUGCUGGAUCUCAGACCCUGGGCUGAUUCCCAAGCUUCGUCACUUUGGCAGGUUCUCUUUCCAAUUACCCGUAGAAUCUCUCGCAUUAGAUUGGAGAAGGAAAGGAAAGGAAAAGCAAGAAAUGGGCAAAACGGCGACGAGCAGAGACUGGAGCCAGAUCUACGCGAUCUACGGCGUGGAGCAGUGGCAGACCCUGGUGUUCCUCCUCCUCCACGCCCUUCUCUUUGGCGUCCUCUCCGUGCUCUACCUCCUCUACUUCGACCCCAUCCGCUCCUUCUUCGAGUCUAUCCUCUCCGUCACCAUCUCCCUCCCCGGCGGCGCCGCCCGAUUCGCCGCCGGAUUCACAGGCUCCGUCACCGCCCUCUCCGCCGUAUGCCUCUUGUUCGCCGCCGCCAACUUCUUCUACUCCGCCGUGCCCCUCCACCACGCCAUGGCCCUCCGCAUGCUCUCCUUCGUCGACGACUGGUCGACGGUGAAGCACGCCCUCGACCUCGGCUGCGGCCGGGGAAUCCUCCUCAACGCGGUCGCGACCCAGCUCAAGAAGGAGGGUAGCUCCGGCCGGGUCGUGGGUCUGGACCGCUCCAAGGCCACCACGCUCCGGACCCUCCGUACGGCGAAGCUGGAGGGGGUCGGAGAGUACGUGACGUGCAGAGAAGGCGACGUGAGGAGGCUGCCCUUCGCAGACAACAGCUUCGACGUGGUGGUCUCCGGGGUGUUCCUCCACACGGUGGGGAAAGAGCACGGCCGGAACCGUACAGUGGAGGCCGCGGCGGAGAGGAUGAGGGUGGUGGGCGAGGUUGUGAGGGUGUUGAAGCCCGGUGGGGUGGGCGUGGUGUGGGACCUGAUGCACGUUCCAGAGUACGCGCGGAGGCUACAAGACCUGAAGAUGGAAGAAAUCAAGGUGUCAGAGCGGGUCACCGCGUUCAUGGUCAGCAGCCACAUCGUCUCGUUCCGCAAGCCCCGUCAGCACGUCGUCGGCCCCGCCGAGGUCAGGCUCGACUGGAGGUGUUGACACGUCACUCCUUUUUUUUUUACUUUGACAUCUAUUAACUAAAAAUUUUACUAUGCUACUGCUUUGUAGUACAACAUGUUCUGCUUAAUUUGAAAAAAAAAAAAAAGCAGAAAGAAAGUAGAACCCAAAGAAAAAGAAAAGAAAAGAAAAGAUUGGGUCAAAAUGAAUGUAAUUGUCUGGGAAGGCGAAGCUGACCUGGAUGCUUUGUUGGAAAAUACACUAUAGUAUAGCUCUAAAUCUAAUUAAUGUAGUUUUUUAUUUUUUAAUAUAUGGUUAUCAAUUGGGAAUAAUUGAUGCCUGAUUUUGUUUCAGAAUCUGAAUUUUGUAAAAAAUAAAUAAUAAAUAAUGGUUGAAUGGUAAGUUUCCUGAA